AUGCCUAGGGGUCUGAAGAGUAAGAUUCGUGCUCGUGAGAAACGCCGUAGGUCUCAGGAAGAGCAUCAGGCCCAGGAAGAGCGUCGGGUCCAGGAAGAGCUAGAGCUAGCAACUAUGACUAUGAUGGCAGCUCAGGCCAGUGCAAUAGAGAGAGGCAAUUCUAGAUCCUCUUCCUCCUCUUAUCCCAGGAGCAAUUUAGAGAAUUUAGGUGCUCCUGGGGCAACCAGCAAUCCUCAGGAGCCAUCUGAAGCUCAGCUUACCACCACUGCUAUUGGAGCUUCUACAAACACAAGAUCUACUAGAGGAAGCCUCAACCAAAGGGCAGAAAGGCCAAGAGUCUCCCAAGCUCAGCAUGCCCCUAGGCCUAGAAGAUUUCCAUUUCAUACGGUGCUUGUAUUGGUAUACUUUCUGCUGUAUAAAUAUAGAAUGAAGGAGCCUAUCACAAAGGGAGAAAUGGUGAGAAAUGUAAUCCAAAUGCACAAGGUCUACUUCCUUGAGAUCCUGAAAAGCGCAUGUUAUCAACUGGAGCUGGUGUUCGGCCUUGAUAUGAGGGAAAUGGACCCCAUCAGACACGUAUAUAUCCUCGUAAACAAAUUAGAGCUGAGCAGUGAAACAAUCCUGAAUAAUGAUGGUGUUCCCAAGACAGGCUUGUUAAUGACUAUCUUGGCUGUGAUUUUCAUGAGAGGCAAUCGUGCUUCUGAGGAGCACAUUUGGAGAUUCCUGAAUGCAAUGGGUUUACAUAGAGACCUUGAACACUUUGCUUUUGGGGAGCCCCAAUUGCUAAUCCAUGAUGGUUUUGUGAAAGAAAAGUAUCUGGAAUACCGGCAGGUGGACAAAAGUAAUCCUCCACGCUAUGAAUUCCGGUGGGGCCCAAGAGCCCAUGCUGAAACUUCCAAGAUGAAAGUGCUGAAGUUUUUAGCCAACGUCUUCCAUACCAGCCCUAGAGCCUUCCCAUCCUGGUAUAGAGAAGCACUGAAAGAUGAGGAAGAAAAAGCACAGGCCAGAGCUGUGGCCAGAGCGGAUUCCAGGGCUCAUAUUAAUGCCACAGUCAGUGCACGUUCCAAGAUUGUUUCUUCCUGCCCUCAAAAAGUUUGA